GAGCUGCAGAUGGAGGAAGAGGAGGCGUCCUGUCCGUCUGUGUCCAGAGGAGAGGAGCGGCCGCCAUGUUAACCAAGAAGCCCGGAACCUCGGUCCUCCCGACGGGCAAAGCGGGCGAGCCGGUCUACUCUCCAGGUCACAGUGGCUCUCAGACAACGUCGCCUGUCGCGUUGCCGCGACUUCGCAACAACAACCAUCACCCCCUAACGGGAGGCUCUAAAGCCGUCAUGUCGGACGCCGUCCAGCUGCAGUCUCAGUCGCAGGUCCACGUCACCCAGCUGUACGAGGAGAACACCAACAAGCGUCCGGUCCUGACCUCCCAGCCCAACGGCCUGGCUCCUCUCAGCUCCACCCGGCCGGGCCUGCCGCUGCCGGACCGCCAGACCUCGGCCUCGGAGCCGCCCCACCACUGCCGGCAGGGCAGCGCCACCUCCAACAAGUCGACGGACAGCAAGCCAAAGCCCACCUCGCUGUCCCCGGAGCAGGCCAUGAAGCAGUACAUGUCCAAGAUGUCGUCGUUCGAACACCACGAAGUGUUCAACUACCCCGAAGUGUAUUUUGUUGGUCCGAACGCCAAGAAGAGGUCGGGGGUCAUAGGCGGAGCAAGCAACGGCGGCUACGACGAUGAUCAGGGAUCCUACAUCCACGUUCCACACGACCAAAUCUCCUACCGCUACGAAGUCCUGAAGGUCAUCGGAAAGGGCAGCUUUGGACAGGUGGUGAAGGCCUUCGACCACAAGUCUCAGACGCACGUGGCUCUGAAGAUGGUCCGCAACGAGAAGCGCUUCCACCGACAGGCGGCGGAGGAGAUCCGCAUCCUGGAGCACUUGAGGAAGCAGGACAAGGACUCGAGCAUGAACGUCAUCCACAUGCUGGAGAACUUCACCUUCAGGAACCACAUCUGCAUGACCUUCGAGCUGCUCAGCAUGAACCUGUACGAGCUCAUCAAGAAGAACAAGUUCCAGGGCUUCAGCCUCCCGCUGGUCAGGAAGUUCGCCCACUCCAUCCUGCAGUGUCUCGACGCGCUGCACAAGAACCGUAUCAUCCACUGCGACCUCAAGCCUGAGAACAUUUUACUGAAGCAGCAGGGACGCAGCGGCAUUAAAGUCAUAGAUUUUGGUUCUAGCUGUUAUGAACAUCAGAGAGUUUACACCUACAUCCAGUCCAGGUUCUACCGAGCGCCGGAGGUCAUUCUAGGCUCCAGGUACGGGAUGCCCAUCGACAUGUGGUCUCUGGGCUGCAUUCUGGCCGAGCUGCUGACCGGUUACCCGCUGCUGCCGGGCGAGGACGAAGCCGACCAGCUGGCCUGCAUCAUCGAGCUCCUGGGCAUGCCCAGCCAGAAGCUCCUCGACGCCUCCAAGAGAGCCAAGAACUUUGUGUCGUCCAAAGGCUACCCGCGGUACUGCACCGUCACCACGCUGCCUGACGGCACCACCGUGCUGAACGGCGGCCGCUCGCGGCGAGGGAAGGUACGCGGCCCGCCGGGCAGCAAGGACUGGAGCACGGCACUAAAGGGCUGCGACGACCCGCUGUUUCUGGACUUCCUCAAACAGUGUUUGGAGUGGGACCCAGCACUCAGGAUGACGCCCAGCCAGGCGCUGCGCCACCCGUGGCUCAGGAGGCGACUCCCCAAACCGCCGACGGGAACCACCACCGGGGAGAAGACCUCUUCCUCCAAACGGGGCACCACCACCACAGAUGGCGCUAUCACCUCCAUCUCCAAGCUCGCCACCACCUCCUCAACCACCACGUCCUCCUCCUCCAAAACCAGGACUAACUUGGCAGCGAUCACCGAUGCCAACGGAAACAUCCAGCCUCGGACGGUGCUGCCCAAACUGGUCAGCUGAGAGUGAACGCACGCCGCUCGCUGCGGCGGGAGUUUAAAAUCUCGUGAGCAAAACCAGUUGGAACUGAAAUAAAACUGGGUUUGUCCAGUUUUAAGGAGCGUUCGGUUUUUUUCACGCUGGUUUCCGCAGCAUUAACGGGAGUGCGUUCGGGACAAACGCAGUCAUGGAAACUUAGCGCUGGGGUGUUUAAAUGUGCAAAAACAGCCGGGCGGCGAUGUUCGCCGCGCUGAAGGAAACUUUAUAGAUAAACUUGGGUGCGUUCAGACUCCUCAAAUUCUCAGACACAUUGUGAGCAGGAAGUGACAUCACAUGUUUAAAACGAUCGCGGGGCCGCUCAGACAAUCAUCACUCUGUAGCUCCAAACACAUCAAAAAAACACGGUGCUGACGGAGGGAACAAGGCUUUUUUUAAUGUUUUUACCACUGAAUCUAGUUAGCUGAUUAAUCGACACCAAAAACAAUUUUUUAUGACUUUAGUCUCACAAGUUUAUAUCUGCAGACAAUUUAAGGUCGGAUAUAUCCUCGUGAUACUAAAGAAACAGCUUUUAAAAAUGCAGUUAGCUUUCUAAUCAUGUUUCAUAAUGUUUCAUAUCACUUUUAAAUGAUUCUGUUUCAGUUUGGGAUCCUUGGGGGGCAUUUGUUAUCACUUUUGACUUAAAUUAAGACACAAUUAAUGAAAAAAAGAAAUCUUGGCGACCCUGACUGAAGCAUCUACCUGUUAGCUUUGUGCCUGUCAGCUGGCUAACUGUUAACUGGCUAAUAACCACAAAUUAGUUGUUAGAAAGCCAUUUAUUUAUAUUUAGGUGUCACUUUUAUAUCUUUUAACCGGCUAGCAGUUAGCCUAGCAAACUUUAAAUCGGUCAGCUAGCUACAGCUGGCGCACUAUUUGCCUUUUUGGCAGUCUGGUGGCUAGCCUUAGCCUUUUUUUAGCCAUAGCCUGUUAGCUCUCCACUGCCCAGCCUUAUGAAGUACAGAUUUAAGAGUUUUUAAGUGUUUUUUAGUUUUCUGAGGGUUCGCAGAGAAGAGAUGGGAGUCGAACUAUGUAUGUUUGGGUUAAGUCACACCAUUUUGUUCUCCAUUUAUUUAACUAAAUCUGGUUAUUAGGGAUGCAAAAUGCCGUAGAGAGCGAAGAGAUGGACAAGAAGGGCAGUUAAACACAGAUUUACAGUCAAAUUAUAUAUGAUGUUAAAAUCAAAGGGCUCAUCAUUUUUAAAGAAACUGAAACGUUGGCACCCAAUUUUUGGAAAAUUAACCCCUUGAA